AUGGUGAACCUCCUCUUCGUUGUUGCUGGUGGCGUCCUAAUAUGGUCGUUAUACCGCCUCUUCCAGGUCGGUCGACGACCGAAAGGCCUCCCACCAGGUCCACCCACAAUGCCCAUUAUAGGCAACUUACAUCAGAUUCCCACCAAAGACCCGCAUAUCCAGUUCAUGCAGUGGGCAAAGGAAUAUGGCCCUGUGUACUCUUUGAUCCUCGGGACGAAGGUCAUGAUCGUCUUGUCCAAAGACCAAGCGGUCAAGGAUUUACUCGAUAAGAAGAGUGCCAUAUAUAGCUCGCGGCCGGACAUGUAUAUUGGGCAAACACUCGUUAGUGGUGGACAUCGGGUUUUGAUGACGCCUUACGGGCCAACAUGGAGAAUGAUCCGUAAGCUCGCUCAUACUGCGCUCCAUAUCAACAAGGCCGUCACCUACGUCCCAUAUCAGGAGAUAGAGAACAAGCAGAUGCUAUAUGAUAUGAUGGAAAAGCCGGCAGACUUAUUGGAGCACUUUCGACGCUAUUCGUCCUCUCUGACCACCAGCAUGGUGUUUGGCUUUCGAUGGAAACAUUUCAACGACCCACGUCUCCAGAAGAUGUUCCAUAUCCUUGACAACUUUUCGCGCAUCAACUCGCAAGGUCAUGCAGCCAUUAUCGACUUCUACCCAAUUCUUCGACAGAUUCCUGAUUGGCUCGCACCCAUCAAACGUGAGGCAAAAGAACAUCACAAAGUCGAGAAGGAGAAUUUUCUCGAAUACUGGCUGACAGCGAAGAAUGCGAUCAUUAACAAACUCCCUUCAGUUCGUCCAUGUGCUUGCGUCGAUAUCGUAGAGAACCAGAAAGAAGAGGGAUACAGUGACGAUUUCGCGUCGUACAUUUCCGGCUCUUUCCUUGAGGCCGGUAGCGACACGACAUCAUCAGAGCUGUAUGGCUUUGCUCAGGCAAUGCUCCUGUACCCAGAGGUCCAACGCAGGGUCCAGGCCGAAAUCGACGCUCAAGUCGGUGACGACCGUUUGCCUACUCUCGAGGACAUGCCAAAAUUACCCUAUAUCCGCGCCUGCAUUAAAGAAACUCACCGUUGGAUGCCAACAACUAUCCUUGGCGCUGUACCGCACGCCGUCACUGAGGAAGACAACUACAUGGGCUACCGAAUCCCCAAAGGUGCAAGCCUCAUGACGAAUGUCUGGGCCAUUCAUCGCGAUCCAAACCGUUACCCCAAUCCUGAAACUUUUGUGCCAGAGAGAUAUUUCGGCGACGAACUCAACUCGGCUGACAGCGCCGCCUGCUCGGAUGUCUCUCAACGUGACCACUUCGGCUUCGGUUCUGGCAGACGUGUAUGUCCUGGAACCCACGUCGCAGAUCGUAGCAUGUAUCUCGCAAUGUCGCGAAUGUUAUGGGCUUUUGAUAUCAAGCCGAAGAAGGAUAGUGAGGGGAAUGUGAAGAUGCCAAAGCAGGAUGUCUUUGUGGAGGGCUUUCUUGCUAUGCCGGUGCAAUUUGAGGCUGAGAUUACACCGAGGAGUGAGAAGAGAGCGGAGAUUGUUAGGAAGGAGUGGGAGAAGGCGAAGGAGGGGUUAGAUGAAGAUGGGCAGUUUUUGACGAAUCCGAUCUAG